AUGUGUUACGUGGGCAAAGCAACAAAGAUCUUCAUCUUCGUGGUCACAGUGCUUGUGGUUGUUGGCCUCGUCUUGGGUUUCGGGAUUCUCCACCAUGGCCUCCACGACAAGACCCACAAAUGCUCCGGCGACUCCUGCGGCUCCCCGCUCCAGUUCCCCAGCCCCGAUUCCAGCUCCAACCAGCCCACCUCUAAUCCCAUUUCCACCCAGCCCACCUUCAGCCCGCCUCCACCGAGCUCCACUCCCACCCCGCCUACCUCAGAUUUCAGCCCACCUCCGCCGACAACGAUCUCCACUCCGACCCCACCUCCGCCCGACCCGACUUCCAAUCCGCCGCCGCAAAUCCCUGCUUCCAAUCCCCCACCGCCAAUCACUGUUUCCAAUCCGCCACCGCCAAUCACGGUUUCCAAUCAGCCCCCGCCGCCGGUUUCUUUGGCAGCGCCGCCGUACAGUCCGCCGAGUGGGGUGCAAUUGACGCCGGGUCCUGUCCAUGCUUAG